AUGGCUAGUUCCGUAACGGGACUCCUCGAUCUCCCCAACGAACUCCUCUUGGAAAUUACCCAACUUCUGGAAUAUGGCUGGGAUCUAACGGCGUUUGGCGUGGCCAAUCGCCGACUCUAUGGGAUCGUCGACGCAUGCCUCUACCAGCAAACACUUCCUACCUGCAGCAACGCAGUAUUGCGCUGGAUUGCUGAGAAAGGCAAUGAAGAUGCAUUUGUCAAAUGCCUUAAGGCGGAUAUCCUCGCAUAUGUGGACAAACCCAUCAUCACGGCAGCGUUGCGGACAGCAAUAUAUUUUGGACGCGAUCGAAUAGUUGAACAUCUCAUUAAGAAUGGCAUCACUUCCAUUCACGAUGAGGAGGAAACCGAUCGCUUUGCUGCCGGGCGCCACUACUACGAUACCCCGCUUUGUCGCGCUGUGAACGAGGGACGCAUAGCUGUAGCACGGGUCCUGGCUGCGCAUGGGGUCAACAGUUUUUAUUAUCCAAUAAACAGGGAGCUGCUAACGCUUGCUGCAUCGAAGGGAGAUCUUGCGAUGAUGAAGUACCUUAUGAAGGAAGCAGGCUUGGACCCGAAGAAACAAAGCCUCGGUGCAUUGGCCGUCGCCGCUAGAUCGGCCCAGACGCGAGCCACAGAGCUCUUGCUCGAACAGGGAGCAAAUCCAAACCUAUAUAUCGAACGUGAGGGAUUGCCCCUUAGGAUUGCAGCUGAGCAAGGUCAUGUCGAAAUUGUUCGUCUUUUGCUUGCAUACGGCACCAACGUGAAUCCCGCUCCAGCUCACCAUGAGCUUCCUAUCUACUCGGCAAUGAGCACAUAUAAAAGAAACAGGGCAAGCAGAGUGGUCAUUACAAACCUCAUUGCCAAUCAUAUGAAUCUCAAUCUGCUUCGGACAGGAGACGACAACCGAGUGACGCUUCUAACGAUUGCCGCCGCGCUAGGUAGAGAUGAGCUCGUCCAAGAGCUACUGCAGGAAGGUUGCUAUCCAAAUCAUAAAUGGACAGAAGGGGAUCUCUAUUACCACCUAGGGUCUCAAGGACCCCUCGAAUGGGCUGCUGAGGCAGGGCACGACUCAGUAGUGAAGAUACUACUCCAGCACGGGGUCAUUGGGAAUGAUCGAAAGCCUUUAGCACGUGCUAUCCAAUAUGGACAUCCACAGGUUGCCAAAGUCCUACUUGAUAGAUACUUGGAGGAUUAUCGCAGAACAAGCUGGUUUAACGAACUUUUGCUUUCCGCAUUAGAGCAUGAUGCAUGCUUCGAGCUCCUACUAGACCACGGGGCUAAUCCUACCAACGUCGUGAAAGAGGGAGAGUAUUUGAUCCAACAUGUGCUCGAGUCAGGACGUCUAUCACUAGCCCAAACGUUACUCCAUCGAGGAUUCCCGCUCAAAUUUCCGCCCUUAACUCAAGGGAAUAGAGAAAGAUCCAUCUUGUUAUCCGCUAGUCGUGGAGGUGUGGCGAUGCUCGAAAUCCUUUUCCAAAACGGACUUGAUCUACUAUCCGUGGAAGACGAUGAUAUACAACUCGCAAUAAGUGACGCAAUUCGACGAGAAGAUGUUUCUGUCGCUAGCUUUUUCUUAAAUCGAGGCUUCACAGUCCCUUGUGACGACCGGCUUCCGGAGUGCAUCAACCAUUCCGCCCGCCUCAAAGGUUCCGAUAGCCCCACUGAAAUGUUACUUGAUACGUUAUUAAGAAGUGGGGUAGACAUUAACGCUCGAGAUGAGCACCAGCGCACCUGUAUCUGGGACGCUAUCACUCUUUACUAUCCCAAUCAACUGAACGUCCUUCUGCAAAGGGGUGCAGACCCCCGUCUUCAGGACGAAAAUGGAGAUAGUCCUUUGAAAUUUGCCGCAACACGAACCCCGCCGCUCAUUGUGUACGUCAAAUGCGUUCAAAUCCUCCUUGAAUGGAUUGUUCUCCAUUGGGCUGAGCUAUCGGGUGAGGAGAUUUACCAGCAGGUUUCAAAAGCAAAAGCUGGAGCAGUGAGGAAGAAUAAUCGAAGGAUAGUUCGAAUGCUGCAGCGAUUUCAACGCGUUCAUUUCGAUUCAGUGUGA